AUGAGGAUUUUCGUAGCCUUUGAAGGAUCUUUUGAGCCAUUUGAUGUGUCGGCAGAUGAAUCUGUGCAAACUGUCAAGCUGAUGAUAAAGGAUUAUUUCCACAUUCCUCUUUCUGAAGACAGACAAGGCAGGAGGUAUCUGGAGCUUAUGUAUGCUGGAGCUGCGCUGAGGAACAGUUGGAGUUUGUCUGAUAUUGGAGUAUCUUUCUGUUCAACUCUCAAAUGCUUUGUUAAGAAAGAAGACAUGCCUACUCUUUAUGUGUUCAAUGCUGUAACCCAAGAGACCAUGCCAAUAAUGGAGAACACAUCUAUUCUUGGAAAAAAGGUGUCUGAUCUGAGAACACUGGUAACUCUUAGAUGUGGCUUCCCCAUCAGUGUCUACUGCCUGCGGACACCGAAGGGACUGGAGAUGUACGACUGCAAUACCCUUGCGGACUACCAGACUGAUAUCGGAACAACACUUCGUUUGGAUGUCUGGGAUGGAUGGAAGGAAUUUCUGAUGGGCUGCCUUCUUGGACAAAAACUUAAAGUCCAACGCUACUUAUCAAAGGAAGGACCGGUACUCAAGUACCAGAAAAGGGUAGCCCUGUACAUCGCUGCUUUUUACGGUCACACUGAACUCACUGAAUGGGCCCUGAAACAGGGCGUGCGGCCCCAGGAGGCGGUUGGUGUUCAUCCCUAUCGAGCAUGGUGCCAUGAAGCCCUUCAUGCAGAUGUCUCUAAAUGCCCUAUUCAUGCAGCUGCAGAAGCAGGCCAACUGCUGAUUCUGAAGGCCUUUGUCAACUGCAGCAUUCUGUGCCUGGAAUGUAAAAAUGCAUUAGGGCAAACUCCCUUGACCAUCGCAGCAAAGCACCAGCAUAAAGACUGUGUAUUGUAUUUGCUGAGUAAAAUGUGGUCCACGGUUUCUUUUCUGAAAAUUUCAGUCCCAAUGAGGAUUUACAUUAAAAUAAAACAAUGGGUGCUCAGAGCUCAGAGCCACAAAGAUGAUAAAAACCAGCUCCGCAGAGUAAGGGUCUCAGGGGCAAAAGUUGGAGACAUUGUGAUGGUGGAUGGUUUUACCAAGCCAGAAAUGACCUCUAAGAGCUGGCACGAGGUUGGAGACAAGGACUCGCAAAGCACCUUGAGCAAGUUGCCACAUCGCAAGCAUCAAAGGACGAGCAGGAAACCUGGCCAUCCACUAGCAAUUCCACAGAGGGACACCAGAGAACAAAACUUCACAUUCCCACCCUUAGUCAAUGCGAACAGGUUCUCAGAAUUACAAAGCCAUCAACAAGAAAGCCAGGAAAAAAUAACUACCACAGUUAGGAGAAAAGAAAAGCACAUAAGAAACACCUAUCUCCCCCAGGUCCCCCUUCCUCCAGUUCCAAGAGCAGACUACUCACAUCCGCGGUUCUACUCCACCACAGCCAGGGCUGAUUGCUUGCUACGGUCUUCCUUCACAUCCUUCUCAGAACACAGUGGGAAGACGCCAAGAGAGAAUGCCAUCUACUGCUUGGCUGUAGCAAGUGCCUUUAAAGAGAAGCGAUGGCUUCAGCAGUUAGGAAUAGCAAGAGUCCUGGCCAAAAAGAGCGUUUCUAAUCUGACGACUCAAAGAGGUCCAGCAAUGAGCGGAAACUCUCCUGAAAUUGUGCUCUGAAAAGUCAUGUCAGACCUGGGUUGGAUAGACACUUGGUCAAUAGAAUCUCUAAUUCUAAUGUCAAUGUAUCUAAUAAUAGUUCGAAUGCUACAUGAGUUCAACAGGAUAAUGUUUAAUGGCAUGCUUUCUUUGAGACUGUAUUGCUCAGGGUUCUCUAG